AUGCAGGUUGUGAAGAUGGGUUUCCGUUACUUUGAUCACUGUACUUCUAUGGAAGAAACAUUUGUUCCCUUUCGUGGGAUUAAAAAUGACCUCAAAGCAAGAAUUGCAUGCUACAGACAAGACUGGACCAGUGGAUUCCAAGCAGGAAUCAGGAUCCUUGCUCCAACUACAUACAUAUUUUUUGCUUCUGCAAUUCCUGUUAUUUCCUUUGGCGAGCAACUCGAGAGAAAUACUGAUGGAUCUCUCACUGCUGUGCAAACUCUUGCAUCAACAGCACUCUGUGGUAUUAUCCACUCAAUCAUUGGAGGCCAGCCUCUGCUCAUACUCGGUGUAGCUGAGCCAACAGUUCUGAUGUAUACAUUCAUGUAUAACUUUGCUAAGGAUCGCAAGGAUUUGGGACACAAACUAUUCCUACCUUGGACUGGAUGGGUGUGUGCUUGGACUGCACUGUUGCUCUUCUUGCUGGCCAUUCUUGGCGCAUGCUCCAUAAUCAAUAGAUUCACACGCAUUGCUGGUGAGCUAUUUGGUCUUCUAAUUGCAAUGCUCUUUAUGCAGCAGGCUAUAAAGGGACUCGUGGAAGAGUUUGGUGCUCCCAAGAACAAGGGAGAAGGCAUCAAUCAAAUUGCUCUUCAAUCAUCUUGGCUGUUUGGCAAUGGAAUGUUUGCUUUGGUUUUGUCAUUUGGUCUUCUUUUUACUGGUCUACAAAGCCGCAAAGCUAGAUCCUGGUGUUACGGGACAGGUUGGCUACGGGGAUUUAUAGCUGAUUAUGGAGUCCCUCUAAUGGUUCUGAUAUGGACUGCUGUGUCUUACAUACCGGUCAAUAAGGUCCCAAGGGGAAUCCCCAGGCGACUUUUCAGUCCAAACCCAUGGUCUCCUGGUGCAUACUCAAAUUGGACUGUUGUCAAGGAAAUGUUGGAUGUGCCCCUCCUAUAUAUUAUUGGAGCAUUUAUACCAGCAACUAUGAUUGCUGUGCUUUACUACUUUGAUCACAGUGUUGCAUCACAACUUGCUCAGCAGAAGGAGUUCAAUCUAAGAAAACCCUCAUCUUAUCAUUAUGACUUGCUGCUCUUGGGAUUUUUGACCAUAUUGUGUGGGCUUAUUGGAAUCCCUCCUUCCAAUGGUGUGAUUCCUCAAUCUCCAAUGCAUACAAAGAGCUUAGCUACUCUAAAACAUCAGCUUUUACGGAAUAAGCUUGUAUCUACUGCACGAAAAAGCAUGAGGAGGAAUGUUAACUUGAGCCAGUUAUACGAAAAUAUGAAAGAAGCAUAUGAUGAAAUGCAGACUCCAUUGGUUCCCCAAAUGCCACCUACUUUGGGGCUGAAAGAACUGAAGGAAUCUACCAUUGAACUGGCCUCAAGUCAUGGAUAUAUUGAUGCCCCUGUUGAUGAGGUUGUCUUUGAUGUGAAUAAGGAUGUUGAUGACCUUUUGCCAGUUGAAGUUAAAGAGCAACGUCUAAGCAAUCUAAUGCAGGCAUUGAUGGUUGCAGCUUGUGUUGCUGCUAUGCCCCUUUUGAAGAAGAUACCGACUUCAGUGCUUUGGGGCUACUUUGCUUUCAUGGCCAUUGAAAGUUUGCCAGGAAAUCAGUUUUGGGAGAGAAUAUUGUAUCUUUUCACUGCCCCAAGUCGAAGAUACAAACUGCUGGAAGAGUACCAUGCCACCUUUGUUGAGACCGUUCCCUUCAAAACAGUAGCCAUGUUUACAGUGUUCCAGACAGUGUACUUGCUUCUCUGCUUCGGCAUAACCUGGAUACCAAUUGCUGGGGUCCUUUUCCCAUUGUUAAUCAUGCUUCUUGUCCCAGUACGGCAGUAUUGUCUUCCAAAGUUUUUCAAAGGUGCCCAUCUUCAAGAGCUGGAUGCAGCAGCAUACGAGGAAGCACCUGCCAUUGCUUUCAACAUGUCCUUUGAAGGUCCAAGUAACCAAGCACCAACAGUAAAUAUCAGUGGUGGGGAAAUUCUUGAUGAAGUUAUUACGAGGAGUCGUGGAGAGAUUCGCCGCAUACACAGCCCCAAAACAACAAGUUCAACACCAACUUCAACAGGAGAUAUAAGACCAGCUAGUAGUCCUCAGAUUGGAAGGAGUAUCUCAAGCCCUCGAGUGACUGAAUUGAGAGGGGAAAGCAGCCUGAGACCAACUGGGAAGGAGAUCAAGUUGAUGCAAACACCUAGUCCACGAUCACCAGCUCUUGAAAAAGUUAACAAAGGUUCACAUUCAAGUUAA